AAAUUGAAAAAAAACAAAACAAAACAUGCUUUAGGAAAGUUGUAUUUCUUCUUUCUCUUUAAUUCUUAUUUAUUUUUCUAUUAAAGCCACCUGAGUUGCAGAGCUACGACGUGGCCACCUUCAAUUACAAAAAAAUGGUGAUUCCGAGAGUAGCCGAACCCAAAUUCAAUCAUCAUAAUCAAUAGACAGCCAUUAACAAAUUCAUCUCUCUCUCCAAACCAACUAUGCUAUCUCUUUCACCUCUUCACAUCUCAUCCCCCAAACCUUCUUCCCUCCAUUCUUGGCUUCAUCCGCCAUUAUUACCUCCCUCUAUCUCCCACGCAACUUAUACCACCACUCGUUUCCGUCAUGGCCUCCGCCGAUGCCGACGACGUCGGCUCAAAAUUCAAUCCCUUGACGCUGCCCAAGUCUUCGACUACGAGUCCAAACUCGCUGCCGAGUUUCGUGAUUCCAACAAGCUCAAAAUCGCCAUAAUUGGGUUCGGUAACUUCGGCCAAUUUCUUGCCAAGACAUUUGUCCGACAUGGCCACACCGUCCUCGCUCACUCCCGAUCCGAUUACUCUCUCACGGCACAAAAUAUCGGCGUCUCGUUCUUCAGGGACCUCGACGAUCUCUGCGAAGAACACCCUGAUGUGAUUCUUCUAUGUACUUCGAUAAUCUCCGCCGAGCUCGUCCUCGAGUCACUUCCGCUCCAGAGAUUGAAGCGGAGCACGUUGAUCGUCGAUGUUCUCUCCGUCAAAGAAUUCUCCAAAAGCAUGUUGCUUAAGACACUCCCUGGUGACUUUGAUCUCCUCUGCACGCACCCCAUGUUCGGGCCCGAGAGCGGUCGCCGCGGAUGGAAUGGUCUUUACUUUGUCUACGACAAGGUUCGGAUUGGGGAUCAGGAAUCUAGGGUUUCCAGGUGCGAUAAAUUUCUGGGUAUUUUCGCUAGAGAAGGGUGUAGAAUGGUGGAGAUGAGCUGCGCCGAGCACGAUCGAUUGGCCGCCGAAUCACAGUUCAUAACUCACACUGUUGGGAGGCUCUUGGAGCGGUUGGAGUUGGAGUCGACGCCGAUUAACACCAAAGGGUACGAGACAUUGUUGGAUUUGGUGGAGAACACUGCUGCUGAUAGCUUUGAUUUGUAUUAUGGGUUGUUUAUGUACAAUAAGAACUCGCUUGAAAUGUUGGAGAGGUUGGAUUUGGCGUUUGAGGCUUUAAAGAAGCUACUUUUUGGGCGUUUACAUGAUGUUGUGAGGAAACAAUUGUUUGGGAAAUCAGAAAAGUUGCAGGUUUCCCGGGAAAAUAACUCGGCGCCUAAGUACUCUCAAAAUGGUGCUGCUUUGUCACCCUUUUCGGAUGUUAUUAGGUCACGGAAUUCUGCUCUACCCAAUGAAAACAAAGUCCAGAUUUUUAAUAACUUCGAUAAGGACUUGAAGCUUAAGAUUGCCAUUAUUGGAUUUGGCAACUUUGGUCAGUUCCUGGCCAAAAGAAUUGUGCGUCACGGCCACACUGUUUUAGCCUAUUCGCGAUCGGACUACUCGGAUGUCGCCCAAAGAUUAGGGGUGUCCUACUUUGCUGAUGUUGAUGAUCUUUGCGAAGAGCAUCCAGAUGUAAUACUUCUUUGUACAUCUAUUCUUUCAACCGAAAAAAUUCUCAUGUCAUUGCCAAUUCAAAGAUUGAAGAGAAAUACUAUGUUCGUUGAUGUGCUUUCUGUGAAAGAAUUCCCAAGAAACUUGUUUCUCGAAAAUUUACCACCAGGGUUCGAUAUUCUCUGCACGCAUCCUAUGUUUGGACCAGAGAGUGGUAAGAAUGGGUGGAAUGGUCUAACUUUUGUUUACGACAAGGUUAGGAUUGGAAAUGAUGAGCCACGAGUGUUGAGGUGCAAUAGAUUUCUCGAUAUCUUUGCGCGAGAAGGGUGCCAAAUGGUGGAAAUGACUUGUGCCGAACAUGAUAGACAUGCAGCGGGGUCACAAUUUAUCACACAUACAAUGGGAAGAAUUUUGGAAAAGUUGGGGUUGGAGUCGACGCCAAUAGACACAAAAGGGUACGAGACUUUGUUGAAAUUGGUGGAGAACACUGCAGGAGAUAGCUUUGAUCUUUACUAUGGCUUGUUCAUGUAUAAUGUAAACGCAAUGGAGCAACUAGAGAGAUUAGACCUAGCUUUUGAGUCAUUGAAGAAGCAGCUUUUUGGUCGUUUGCACGGUGUUCUUCGGAGGCAAUUGUUUGAGAAUGCCGAACCCGAAGUUUUGCUGGAAAAACCUAUGUUGAUGCUGUCUGAAAAUGAGCAGAAAGCAGCCCCAUGUUCUGAGAGCUUAUUGAAGUUUCUGAAGUUUGGUUUGCUUUAGUUGAAGAUGAAGAAAUUCCAACAAGGCCAAGGUUCAUAACUGGAAUGUCCUUCUAUACUGUUAUGAGACUUUUUGAGCUUAGAAGACUAGAAGUAGGGUGUUCAAGACAGUAGUAAUAAGAAUAUAGAGAAAUGCUGGACAAGGCUGCAGGUGUUGACCAUCACAGCAAUCAUUUUGUCCAAUUUUAAUGUAUUUAAGCACCUUGACACUUGAGAGUAUGAAGAGUUAAAUUUCAAUCUUUGCUGCA